GAUGACGUCAUCACAAAGGGACGCUGUUGUCAUUCUUGAAAUGUGGGAAGCUGUUGUCUUCGUAUUUGGUUCGUUUUGAGUUCUUUCGUCGUGUUUUACCCACUAAGACGUAAUGGCGGACUACUGGAAGUCACAACCAAGGAAAUUCUGUCAGUACUGCAAAUGCUGGAUUGCGGACAAUAAGCCUAGCAUUGAGUUCCAUGAAAGAGGGAAGAAUCACAAAGAAAAUGUGGCUGCAAAAAUCUCUGAGAUUAAAAAGAAGAGCAUCGACAAGGCGAAGCAGGAGGAACGCACAUCUAAAGAGUUUGCAGCAAUGGAGGAGGCAGCGCUGAAGGCAUAUCAGGAAGAUCUGAAAAGGAUGGAAAGGGAAGAAGCAGGGUUACCAGUCCAAACCACAACAGCAAAGCCACAACCACAGCCACAACCACAGCCACAACCACAGGCCAAAAAACAGCAAAAGAAAGAGAAAGCAAGCAAGAAGCCCAGAGACCAAACAGAAGCACAGGUUUGGGUUGAAGGACAAACAGAUGAUGGACACAUAUACUACUACAACACAGUAACUGGAGAAUCUACAUGGGAAAAACCAGAGGGUUUCCAAGGACAAUGCUCAGCACAGCCUGGACAGAUGGAGAGCUCUUCAGGCUGUCCUUGGAUGGAAGCCGUCAGUCCUGAUGGUUAUACAUAUUACUACAACUCUGAGACUGGAGAGACCACCUGGGAGAAGCCAGCAGACUUUCCUUCGAAUGAAGCGUCUGGAUCUGGGUCCAACAGAGAGGAGGAGAGUCAGGAGGAGCCCUCAACCCCUCAGGCGGAGCCACUGUCAGGAGGAGAGGAGGGCUCCAGUGAAGCCCCGGCACCUCAGGAGGCUGAAGUCCCCGAACAAGCCAGCCAGCAGCCCAAAGUCCCAAAGAUCAGCUUCAGGAAAAGGAAAGCAGAAGCUGAGUCGUCAGAAAAGGAGGAGGAAGACAAAGUGAGUGAUGAUGCUCUCGAAGAGGAGGCUGACGAGGUGAAAAAAGAGGAAGAUGUCCAAAGUACAACAGUUGAACCUGAAGAGAAGAAAGAGGAAGAGGCAGCACCAGUGACAACACAAGCCAAAAGGCCCAAAACUGCAAAUCCAUAUGGGGUGUGGGAAGCAAUCCAGGAAGAGGAGGAUCCAUAUGCCAAGGUUGACUUACAGCUACCCCAAGUGGAGGGAAGCACCGCCAGCGCACCAACCGACCUGCCGCCAGAGCCAAAACCAAAGUUCAAGGAACGCAUCAUCACAUCCCUUGGAGAGGAAGGCGGGCCUGCUUCGUUCAGGAAAAACAAGACACAGAACGGCAAAUCCAGAAGCCUGCGACAGAGAGACAACGACGACUGACCCAGUCACAUCAAAACUACACGCAGCAGAGAACUCUUUCUAUGAACUUUUUUGACAUUUCGAUGCGCCAUUUUGAUUUUUGAAGCAUAUUAAAUGUAUUAGGAGUGUGUUAUUCUCUUUACAUAACAUGCACAAAUAUCUUUUUUACAGUGAAAUUUUUUAGGGCAAAUUGGCCUGAGAAACUUGAAGACAAGGUAAAAAAAAAAAUACUGUUUAUUUAAAAAUGUCACAAUCCAUGUUCUUCUGUUUGUUCUAUGAUCUGUCAUAAUUAAAGGGUAACUUUUUUAUUUUUCUACCUGGAUCCUAUUUUCCUAUGUUUUGUGUCUAAGUGACAAAUGGAGACAAUUUUGGAAAUUGGUCCAGUAUUAAUGAGAGUGCUGCAGCUGGCAGCAGCUUAACAGGCUACAAUGGAACCUCUUGAGGCUUUUGUAAAUUACAAUGUACGUCCACUAAAAGUGUUUGUUUUUGCCACUGACAGGCUCAGAUUGUUAUUAUGAGUGUCAAUUUUAUGGAGAGGAUCCCUACAGAGAUAGAAAUUUUUUAGACCUCUCUGCAAAAGUGUUUAAAACCAGAAAUAGCACUUAAAAUCUAUUACAACACCCACCAGACUCCAUUGAACCAUUUGAAACCAGACCAAAUUGGCUUUAUUUCUUUUAAGAACAUGGAAAGAAAACAGUGAGCAAUGAAAGGAGAAAUUACCCAAGAAAACUAGCAAGAAAUUAGUCAAAAGAAAAUUAAAAACAAGAAAAUCAGUAAAAUAAAAAGAGAGGAAAUUACCGAAAAACAGUGCUUAAAAAGUAUUACAAUACUGUAACAUAAUUUUGAAUAGUUAUAAUAAUAAUUCUAGCUUUUUCCUUUUUUCUCUAGUUUUUAGAAAUAUUUUUUUUUCUUUUUUGCAAUUUGUAGGACAUUUACUACCAAGUUGUUCAUUGCCCUUUUUCCAUGUUUUUGAAAAAUUUGCUCCAGUGGUUAAAAAAAUCUUGCGAAAGGCGUCUGAAAGCAGCACAAGAAAAGUGAUGUCGUUCCAGGAUUUGAAGGAUUUAAUAAACUAAUUUUAGCGUGUCUCUAGCCAGCAUGUUUUUAUAUCUUCCUGGGUGAAUUAGGGGUUUAUUUCAAGCUAAUUAGAGUUUCUGAUUAUUGGAACAGUUAAAAGACGAACCCAGAUUGUUUUGUGAGUUUGAUUUUCUUUCUGUCAGCUUUGAAUGAAGUAAGUUUUCCAAUAAUAAAAUUAGUGUUUAUUCAAAUAGUCUGCUGGGUGUGGAGGUAGCGAUUUCAGGGCUGUUUCUGGUUAAACAAAACAACCUCACUCUUUAACAAAAGGUCUAUCUCUGUAGGGAUCCUUUCCAUAAUGUCAGACACUUACAAUAACAAUCUGAGCCUGUCAGUGGCAAAAGCAAACACUUUUAGUGACGUAAAUCGACAGCACACAUCCCCUGAGU